UGUAUCAUUGCUGUCUUGGUGUUAUUUUCUCUCCAGAGAUAUAUACUUUGUUAUCGGAAGGAGUCUACUCUAGAAAUUUUAAUAUUGAAUCAUCACUAUCAUCUUGCACCAUGCCCUACAGCCUAAAAGGUCGCAAUGUCUUGGUCACUGGUGGAUCUAGAGGCCUAGGCGCUGUGAUAUGCGAAAAGUUUGCUGCAGAGGGUGCAAAUCUCAUGAUCAACUAUGCAAGCGCAAAGAACAAAGCAGAAGAGCUUGCCGGAAAGUGCACGAAGGACUUCGGUGUCAAGGCUGCCAUUGUCCAAGGGGAUGUCGGAGUCGCAGCAGAUUGUGCUCGGCUGGUCCAGGAGACCGUGAAACAACUCGGUGGAAUCGAUGUCCUCGUCAACAAUGCUGGCUGGACUAGAUUUGCGAAAUUUGGAGACAUUAACGAUCUCAGCCACGAUGAAUGGGACAAGUGUUGGCACGUGAAUGUCAUGUCACAACUAUGUCUGAUGCAGGAGGUUGCACCGCUCUUCAAUGCCAACCCGGAUGGAGGAGUAUUUCUCAUUUCUUCAUCGAUUGCGGGUAUUAGCUGUGCUGGAAGUAGCAUGGGCUACUCUGUGACCAAGGCCGCCGGUGUUCACAUGAUGAAAUGCCUCGCCUCGACCCAAGGCCCGAAGAUAAGAGUCAACGCAAUUUUGCCAGGUCUUCUGCUCACAGAUUGGGAAAGUAUAGUCCAAACUAGAACAAAGUCUCGACCGCUAACAAUAGCAGGGUAUGAGGUACACUGAGGACCGACGACAGCAGACGAUUAAUGCAGCUGCCUUGAAACAUGAAACAUAUCUGGAUGACUGUGCCGACUCAUUCAUCUCGACUGCAAAGAACACCUCGAUCACAGGCCAGCAAAUUGUAGUUGAUGCCGGCGUUAUCAUCAGGUAGAUGGCUUCUGCGAAUCUCGGUGUAUAGGUUGUUCUUAUGCGGUGUGGAUCUCCGGCAAUUCAAAAGGCCGCGUAGAGACCUGCAGACAAAAGUCUCCGACACUCUCUGCUCUCAGGAAGACUACGGUGCGAGCAGCGGCUGCGGCACCAGUAGAUUUUCCCAUAGAAGCGACAGUCAUGUGAGGAAACACAAGUUGUCUACCCUCGCCAUCUGUGGCGAGAGUGUUGACCAACAAAGGCUUAUCACUUUCAAUCGGAUCUUGGCUUUUCGGUAUAAUUGCGUAAGGAACGCCCACUGGG